AUGAGUAGACUCGGCUCGUGGUUCCGCUCCACCGCGGGCAAGGUGAGCAGCAAUGCGAGCCCGGCGGCCUCACAGGUCAACCUGUCUGCGCGGGAGAUGGCCGACAUCGAGGAGGCAAUGGUUGCCGCCGCUCUCAUCAUGAACGACGACAUUGACGGUGCCGAAGAGCGUCUGAGGAAGGGUGACUCGGCCUUUCACCAGCUGGGCUUGUCCAUGACCACGUUUCUGCGGUCAGUCCUCGGCUUUGAGAAGGAUGUCAUGAAUGAGGCCUCGAAAAGACUGGCCGAUACGGAGGCCAAGGCAUGGGCAGAUUACAAAAAGGCCGAACGUGAGGGGGCUGCAGACGGAAGCAGCAGGAUUUACCCCCCGGGCACCGAGUUUCUGCUCAUUCACGCCGAGUCCCAGCUCAUGGCCGCCGUAGUUGCUGUCCUGCAUGAGAGCUUGACUGAGGCUCUCAAGGGAUUCUAUAAGCUCCGCAAGGCGUUCGUCACACUUGACGGCAUCAUGGUGCAGGAAGCAAAGGCAUUGGAUAAGGGCGGCAAGGCGGAUCCGCCGCCGCUGCGGCCGCGAAUGAGUGACGACAAGAUGCCCGGCAGCUUUGACGACGAUGAGUUCGCGGACCUGGACCAGAAGGAAGAUAGCGAGAUCGAGUUUGUGGAUGCCAGUGAGGUUCCCAAAUCUGGCGCGGAGACGCCUUCAGAGAAGAAGACGAACGGAUUGCAGGCUCCGGCACAGGACAUGGCGAACCUUAGCCUGGACAACUCCGGCACCUCGACACCACAGGACGAUGCGAAGCUGGCGCCUUUGCAGGUGUCGUCAAAGAUGGCGGACGACUCGGAUUCGGACUCGAACGUGUUCACCAACCCCGUAGACGUCUUCAUCCACAGCGGCGCCAACAUGUGCUUCGGCAUGCUUCUUUUCAUGCUCAGCAUGGUUCCUCCGGCUUUCUCCCGUCUUUUGUACGUAGUUGGCUUCAGGGGCGACCGCGAGCGUGGUGUGAGGAUGCUGUGGAAGAGCACCAAGUUCGACAACCUCAACGGUGCCGUGGCUGGACUCAUUCUGCUGGGUUACUACAACGGCCUCAUGGGCCAGGCCGACAUUGUUCCCGCCGAGAUUGACUUCGAUGCCGAGGCCGAGCUGGUUGGAUAUCCUGCCAAGAAGUGCGCCGCACUGCUUGCCUCGAUGCGUCAGCGGUACCCGGACUCGCGGCUGUGGCGCGUCGAGGAAUCGAGAGUCGUUGCGCAGCAGCGUCGUCUUGCAGAUGCCAUUCAGCUGCUUACGACGGGCCAAGAGAGCAAAAUGCGCCAGGUCACGGCUCUGAACAGUUUUGAGCUGGCGUUGGCCGCCAUGUCUCACCAAGACUGGGAACUCAUGCAAAAGACCUUUUUGCGCUGUCUGGAGCUCAACGACUGGAGUCACACCCUGUACUAUUAUAUGGCUGGCUGUGCAGAGCUGGAGCUAUACCGCAACGCCGUUCACGAGAAGAAGGAUGACGACGAGGUUCGCAGAAGAAAGAAGAAGGUUGAGGAGCUGUUCCGCAAGGCGCCCACAGUUGCCGGGCGGAAGAAGUUCAUGGCUCGUCAACUGCCGUUCGACAUCUUCAUCACGAGGAAGAUCCAGAAGUGGGAGGACCGAUCGAAGGAGCUCAAGAUUGACCUAGCCGAUGCCAUCGGUGUCAGUCCCGCGCAAGAGAUGGUCAACCUGUGGAACGGCACGAAGAGAAUGAAUGAUGAGGAGCUCCACAAGUCCAUCAAGAGCUUGGCCUGGGAGCGUUGCACCGCGCCGGCUGAGGGCAUUGAGAAGAUGCAAAAGACACCCGAUGAGGCUGCGAUCCGGUCUGUGUGUCUGGCGGCGAUUUACAGGACACUGGGACAGUUCGAUGACGGACGGGAGGUUCUGAGCGAGGUUCUCGCGGCCGACAGAGCCCUUUUCAAGGGAACAACAAGAGACGAGUACACCAUGCCCAUGGCUCACUAUGAGAUGUCCGCUAUUGCCUGGUUCGAGUGCUGCAAGCCAGAGUCCAGGAAGCCAGCCGCCGACGAGCCGGCGGAUGCAGAGGCACAGGCCAAGCUCGUCAAGGAGUACCGUAAGAAGAAGAUGGACGAGUGCCAGGAAUGGCUUGACAAGGUCGUCAAUUGGGAGGCAUAUGUCUUUGACGCAAGACUGGGCAUGCGUGUGACGGCUGCCCUAGAGACGCUCCGUUGGUUCAAGAGAAAGAACAACUGGGCAUAG